ACACAGCUCUUGCAAGUAUUUAACAACUUUCACAACUGUUUCUUUCCACAGUGAACGCAACGUUCUGCAGUAGAGUUUUCAAGAUGCCGUCGCGUUAUUCCAAAAGAGAAUCAAGCAUGUUUGAAGAGGAAUACGAGAUUCAGAAGCUGAUAGGCGAGGGAUCCUUCGCAAAGGUUUAUAAAUGUUUAGAAAAGGAAUCCGGGAACAUUUACGCCGCGAAAGAAUUACAGAUUGGUAAAGAAGUUUCAGAUAUGGAAGCCAUCAGAGAGGAAAUGGAGAUUUGGAAAGGUUUACAGCACGAAAACGUUGUGUCCCUACACAGAACAUUUACGGAUAACUCAUGUUUUUAUCUCGUGUGUGAAUAUCUGGAUAGCGGAAGUUUAUUUGACGAGAUUGUGGGACAAAAGGUAUACAGCGAGGAACAAGCGCGGUCCAUUGUGAAACAGCUUUUACAAGCCCUAGAAUACAUUCAUGGUCAGCGGAUUGUUCAUCGCGAUGUCAAAGCCGACAAUCUACUUCUCAGUCGCUCAAGACACUCAGACCACGUGACAGUAAAACUCGCUGAUUUCGGCUUGGCGCGAAGGUUGCCGCAUGACUCUGACGCCAUCAGCUGUGACGCCAGUGGUGCGCCGUUGUUUCUUGCACCAGAGACAAUUUUAGAAGAUCUGAUUGGUCAACCAGUUGACAUGUGGGCGUGUGGUGUCAUAUUGUUCAUUCUUCUAGCAGGGUACCCACCAUUUUGGAGCAGCAAUGACGAGAAAUUAUUGCUUUCCAUUCUGCAGGGGCAUUACAGUAUGCCUUCGCCAUAUUGGGACAAUGUGUCGGAUCAAGCCAAAGAUCUUGUUAGGCGAUUAAUUGUUGUGGAACCCAGUCAGAGACUCACAGCGUCUGAGGCGUUGAAUCAUCCGUGGAUUCAAAUGGCAGCGCAACAGCAGGCACCACAAAAACACGGUCAGCGGAGAAAUUUCGCAGCGGUGAUUUGCGGUGUUCGAGCAAUGUUGAAAUUCAGAAGAAUGAAUCUCAAAGACUCGUGCCACAGAAGAAAGUCUGAGAAAGAAGCUGUUAACUGAAGUAUUUAGACUGGUCUUAAUUCAUCGAUGCACAUACAAGAUUAUACCAUCGGCGUUAAAAUAAAGGAAAUUAAAACUAAAGUAAGCUGACUAUUUAUUUCAAAUGUUUACGGGUAGACAAAGUUGUAAACAAUUUGUAAUUGCGACCUUUGGAUAAGCCCAAACGGUAACUGUACAUGCAUGAAAUCGAUAUUGUUAAGGGAAAUAUUCUGCAAAUCCUUCGUGAUUCUCUGUAGUGUAAAUGUUUUGCUCAUUCUUGUACCUACACCUCUCAUGUUUCAGCUACAACCAGUAAUAAACUUCAACAGAAAUUCUUACACCUUGUCAUCGAGUUAUCAUCGUGUUAUUUUGUCACUCACACUGCUUCUUAGGCUCGUAA